AGUGGUAUUGGUCAGUGAUCUGAACGUCAGAGCAGGGCCGGUCGUCGCCGCGGCUAUUUUUCUUCCCUUCCUACUUCUACCACUUUUACUACUACUACUACUACUACUACUACUACUACUACUACUACUACUACUACUACUACUACUAUUAUUAUUAUUAUUAUUAUUAUUAUUACUAUUACUAUUACUAUUACUAUUAUUAUUAUUACUAUUUCUCUUAGUUUUCGUCCUUAUCUUUCGUCCUACGUCUUCGUUAUUUCAUUAUUUUUCGUUUUUAUCGUUUCAUUUUAUUUUUUCUACUAUCUCCCUUUUUUCCUCCUCUUCCUCCUUAUCCUACUCCCUUCUCGCCCCCACCUUUUCCUUCUCUCUUCUUUUCUUUCCAAGAAAUCAAGAUCGUGCUCUUCGCCGCUCUUGUCCAGUUCGUUUUGCGUUACAUUAAGAUUUUCUUUUUCUCCUUUUUUUUUGUUUUCUUGUUCUUCCUUUUUUUUCUUUUUCUUUUUUGAUUCUCUCUCUCUCUCACACACACACACACACCAUCUAUCGUCGAGGUAAUUUUUAUUUCCUUUAUUUUUUUUUCUUUUUCUCUCUCUCUUUCUCGUACAAAAUCUACGUCUCCUCUCACAUCGGUCACCUUGGUCACAUCGGGGAUAUAUCGUAUAUACUUAUAUAUAUAUAUACAUAUAUAUAUAUACAUUCAUAUAUAUAUAUAUAUGUAUAUAUACGAAGGGACAAAAAGAACGGAUACGUAUUAAAGUGGUGUUACCAGUGAAGAUUGGAAAAAAAGGAAAGAAGAAAAAAGAAGAGCAGGGUGAAGGAGGAAGAAGAAGAAGAAGAAAAGAAAAAAAAAAGAAAAAAGAAAACCGCUCCUUCGUUGGCAACGCUGUUUUUCUACGAAGAGAAAAUUUUUUUUUCUGUUCUUUUUUUUUUUCCACAAUACAAAUCUCAAAUCCCAACGAGCAACGGACACGACCCAGUGUGAGAGAAAGCGGCAGAACCAGUUCACAAGGCGGAAAGAUAGCGGCGACCUUAUCGACUCGAACGAGAAAAUACAAAACAAGAUUAAGAGACGACGAGAAUAAAUUAACGAAGGAUAAGGGUGACGAAAAAAAAAGAAAAAAAAAGAAGAAAGAAAAAAUUGGAGGUGAAACCGACGAGAUGAUGCAUUCGAAUUAAACGGGAGCGUUCAAGUCGAAGGGUGGAAAGGGGACAGCAGAAAGAAGAACCUCUUUAGGGAUCGACGCGCUUGGAUGGAGCUUAAAGAAGUGAAGUUGGAUUUGCAGGAGCAGCAGCAGAAGCAAGAACAAGAACAACAAGAACAACAAGAACAACAGGAACAACAGCAACAAGAACAACAACAAGAACAGAAACAGAAGCAAGAAGAGUAGCGCUGAGAAAGGGACCUGGAGGAAGAGGUCCUGGAGGAAAGAACAGGGAUUAACCUCUCGAGGAGGACGAGAGGAAGACGUCAUAGUCCGUCUCACUUGGACGGCUAGGACGAUGGCUGCAACUGAUGGUCAAAUUGUCGUGGCGGCCGCACGUUGGGCCGAGGAAGCGACAUAUUUGCGCGAAUUUGUCACUAAAUAUCGUCUACCGGCUGUAAUAAAGAUUACAAAGGGUCAAUAUGGUGGUCUUGGUGUACCAACCCUUCCAGCCCCGAGUCUUCAAAGUACGGCAUUGUUAUUGUCAGCAGGCCGUAGGCGCAAAAUUGUGGCACAGGCUGUUAAAAUCAAGGAAGGACGUAGAGUUGUUGGGGUUGGGCCAAGAUUAGCUAUCCCGGACUCCUAUGCCGGAUAUUUUGAGAUUUUGAGCGAGGAAGGUCGAGCGGUCCGUGGAAUCGAGUCUGUGAACGAACUCUCCCGAAGAUGCCCGGAGGAGGGAGCCUUGGUACGUGAAACGGUACGUGGUAUAGCUUGCAGAGUGGAUGACGAAUCUGGAAUCGUCGUGCCCGAAGGAACGAGAACUCUGGCAGCUGGUGAGACAAUUGUGACGGCCGGUGAAGUGGCAUUACCAGGUCGCGGACGUUUCUUACGUUGCGUCGACUGUCGAGGAGAGAGUAUACUUUUGAGCAUGGAACAACGUGGACGCUUCAGCGCACUCGCCAGAGAGGAUAAUAUUAGCGGCGUUCACACGGCUAAGGCAUUGCUGAGCAAACGGCUACCACUAACGGUUAGAUUGGUCCACGGGCAGCCACCGAGAGGCUUGAAAUCAUCGUCCCAGUUCGUGCCGGAACUAAGGCUCCUUUCGACCUUCGAGGAGGAACACGUGUUCGCAUUGCCCUUACAGAGAGAGGGAGCAGCGGUGGCGUUGCCAUUGGCGGCACCUUUGAAGUUGGUCAAGGCGAGAAACGAGGAGGCACUUAGAUUGAUGCAAGAAUUCACGAGGUUGAUCGAACGAGCCUCACGGCUCGUAGCCGACGUUGCCGAUCGUGCACACGUUCUAGACGGCCGCUUGGGCGAGAGUAAGCCCUCGAGACAGACCAGAAGUGCAUCGGGAUUUCUAAGGCGAUCUUCUGCCAACUCGGAAAAUGCUCCUCUUGGACAUCAUAGGAACAACAACAGCAGUCAUCAUCAUCAUCAUCAUCAUUAUCACAGUAGCAGUCAUCAGACAUCCUCCGGUCAUGUCGGAUACCGGGACGAAAAUCGCGUGCCACCUUCUUCCUGCACCGAGGAUUACGACGAGAUAGAUCAGAUUUACGAUUACGUUCGCGGCUUCGCGCCCUUACCCAAAAGCGUCAGGUCUCCUUACGAAAGCCCAUUAAAUCCCGGCCAAAGUUCCAGUCCACCUUUGACACCUGUCACCGUUACGAUCGCCCCAUUGUUAGACGAUAGACCGGAACCACCACCGAUCGAGACAAUCCCAACGAAGAAGAUUCAAGCUGAAAAGAGAACGAGGCGAGCGGUUAAGGAAGCUCCACAGCCGAAACUUGAGAAGCCACCAUUGGCAAAGUUAUACGUUAAAAAUAGCGGCACCCAGAGAGGACGUCCUUUGAUGAGGCAAAAGAGUGCAUCACCUUUAAAGGAGACACCGCCAGGUUAUAAAGGUGGUUCUCCUCUAUUCAAUAUACGUUAUAAAAGUCUGACAAAUUUGCAACAGGCUAUGGAACUUGACGGGACUCUAGAUUCUAGCCAUUCAGGUGGUAGGACGUCCGGUGAUUCCGGUGCUGGUGCUAAACUUCCAGAAAAGAGAUCGCGGCGUUUGAGCAGACCACGUUCUUUGACGAACUUAGUCUGGGAACUUCGAGGUGGAAGCGGGCUUGGAUGUACGAAACCGGAAACGCCACCACCCGCGACCACGGCACCAUUACCACCGACCAAGUGCGGACCCCGUUUGGCUGUCACGGUCGUAGCACCUCGACGAGUCGGCACGCUCUACCUCUAACUCAUCGAUAGACGAAGGGCUGAAGAAGGCAAGAGAGCGGACCAAUAGAAGAUAUCGGACUCUUCUUUAGUCUCCGACUAAUCAAAAUUCAUAGCCAGAGAGAAAGAGAGAGAGAGAGAGAGAGAGAGAGAGAGAGAGAGAGAGAGAGAGAGAGAGAGCAAGAGCAAAAGGGAUAAAAAAAGAGAAAAAAAUAAAAAGAAGAGGAAACAAUAAAGGAGAGAGAGAGAGAGAGAGAGAGAGAGAGAGAGAGAGGAGAAAAGAGAGAUAACUGAUUGAGAGAGACUACAUUUUUUAUUAAGUAACUUAUACCCGUGAAAGUCAGCCAUCCAAACUCAUCGUUUCUAUUCGAUCAUUUAACGAACAUAAUACGAUCUCUUAUAGAACGAGAGAAA